GGAGCUACAGUGGAGCAUGAGAAUUUUCUGGAAGCCGUUUGCAUUCUCAAGAAAACUGCUGAAAGUGCAUCACUAUAGAAUAACUGAAUCAGAACUGUUGAUUCCUCUAAGCUGGGCAUCACUAACGCAGAAACUUAGCAAAGCAUCUGGUAUUUCCUUGUUGGACCAAAGGAAAGAAGUCUCAACCAUGCCUGAAACAGAAACAAAUCACAGGGACACGGAAUUGUUUUCCCCACCCUCUGAUGUCCGGGGGAUGACAGAACUCGAUCGAACAGCUUUUAAAAAGACCGUCCCCAUCCCAGUGCUUAAAGUGAGAAAAGAAACAGUCGAUAAAUUGAUGAGAUUCCUUAAAAGGGUAGCGCUGCUGCGCCCAGGCAUAAAACGUGUGAUUGAAGAUCCGGAAGAUGAAGGAAUCAGACUCAUCAUGUUGGAUCCCUACAAAAUGUUCAAUGAAACUUGCUUUGAGAAAGAAGAACUCAAUAUUUUAAAGCAGUUUAAUGUCAACCCACAAAUAUCCGAAUAUAAUUUAGAGUUAACUUACGAAAACUUUAAGUCCGAAGAAAUCUUAAAAGCCGUGCUUCCUGAGGGCCAAGAAGUGACUUCAGGAUUUAGCAGAGUGGGCCACAUUGCCCACCUAAAUCUUCGAGACCAUCAGCUACCUUUUAAGCAUCUAAUUGGCCAAGUUGUAAUUGACAAAAAUCCAGGAAUUACCUCAGCAGUAAAUAAAAUCAACAAUAUUGACAAUACAUACCGAAAUUUCCAAAUGGAAGUCUUAUCUGGAGAGAAGAACAUGAUAACCAAGGUUCGAGAAAACAAUUACACCUACGAAUUUGACUUUUCAAAGGUCUACUGGAAUCCUCGUCUCUCUACAGAGCAUGGUCGUAUCACAGAACUUCUGAAACCCGGGGACAUCCUGUUAGACGUGUUCGCUGGGGUUGGGCCCUUCGCCAUCCCAGCAGCAAAGAAAAACUGUACCGUGUUGGCCAAUGAUCUCAAUCCCGAAUCUCACAAGUGGCUGCUGCACAACUGUAAAUUAAAUAAAGUCGGCCAAAGGGUCCAGGUUUUUAACUUGGACGGGGAAGACUUCCUCCGAGGACCGGUCAGAGAAGAGUUAGUGCGGCAGCUGGGGCCACUGUCCGAGGAAAGCAGGUGCUCGGUGCACAUCGUCAUGAACUUGCCGGCCAAGGCGCUGGAGUUUCUCGGGGCUUUCAAAGCCCUUCUGGACGGGCAGCCGUGCAGCCCCGAAUGCCUUCCCACCGUCCACUGUUACAGCUUCUCGAAAGAGACUGACCCUGCGAAGGAUGUCCGGCAGCGGGCGGAAAAUGUCUUGGGGGUCUCUUUGGAGACAUGCAGCUCCGUCCACCUGGUACGGAAUGUGGCCCCGAACAAGGAGAUGCUCUGCAUCACCUUUCGGGUUCCUGCUGCUGUGCUGUUCAAAAACCAGACCCGACAGCAAGAGAAUCAUGAAGACCCACCUCUUAAACGCCAGAGGACAGAGAAGUCCUUUUCAGAAGAAAAAGUACCAGCUGCUCCAGUCAUUUAAUUGAAAAUGUUCUUUAUUUUCAAACUGCAUUUUUACAUAAACAUAAUUUGUAGAUUUUAUAAAAUUUUAGCAGUUGCUUUAUUAUUGAAUCUUUAUCUUAAGCAUCUAUUAUAUGGAUUGUUAAAUGAAAAUUUAACCAAA